AAGGGCAGGGAUCUCCUCCAUGUGACUUGCUGACGUUACAGUAGGACGCUGCUAAAGAGGAAUGCAGGGAAUGAAUACGGAUUACUGCUUAAGAAGGGAUCCACACUGCCCCUGACGUCCAAGUCGAGGAAGUCCGAAGUUUAGUUUUCGGCUGGGUAACUUGUUUGAUUCACAUAUUUCUUUCAGACCUCGACUACCGUAGGCCGACUCACGAUGUCCGGCGAUCAUCAUAAUGACAAGGAGGCCAUGAGUAUAUACUGUAUAACCCUCAACGGUCCAGCACCAUGGGGCUUCAGACUUCAGGGGGGGAAGGACUUCAGCAUGCCCCUCACGGUGUCCAGGCUGACCCCUGGGGGUAAGGCCGCCCAGGCCGGUGUGGGCGUGGGAGAUUGGGUGGUGUCCAUCGGGGAGACCAACGCAGAAGACAUGACCCAUGUGGAGGCACAGAACAAGAUCAGAGCAGCAGAGGAGUCUCUCACCCUCACCCUCAGCAAAGCUUUCCAUGCGGGUGGCGAUCAGAAGGAUUUGCUCGCCCCCGCCUCCGUUCAGCCCAAAUACUCCUUUGCCCCCAGCACCGCUAUCAACAAGAUGGCCCGGCCAUUCACGCCGGGCGGCGGCAACACGGUCAUUAAACCAGUGGCGUAUGCCCCUAAAGUUAACACCCCGGUCCCUGUCAGCAUGCUACAGCCACACAACGGCAUCAAGGCUUCUCGGUCACCUGCUAAGGCCCAGACCCAGGCAGCCGACAAACCUGACGCCUCUAAGUCUCCAGUCAACUCUGGUCCAAAGGUGCGCCCUCCGUGGGUGACUGACCCAGGGUUCGCUGACCGUUACGCCCCAGACAAGACCAGUACGGUUCUGACCCAGCACAGGCAGCCGGCCCAGCCAACGCCCAUGCAGAACCGCUCCUCUAUCCUACAGGCGGCUCAGCAGGCACCGGAGGACAGCGGAAGGACCCCUCUCUGUGGAGCCUGCAAAAAGAUCAUUAGGGGCCGGUACCUGGUGGCUCUGGGUCAGUCCUGGCACCCAGAAGAGUUCCAGUGUUCCCAGUGUAAGGUGAUGUUGGAUGAGGGAGGAUUCUUUGAGGAGAAAGGCUCAAUCUUCUGUACCAAGUGUUAUGAUAACCGCUACGCUCCCAACUGUGCCAAAUGCAAGAAGAUUAUCGUAGGGGAUAUCAUGCAUGCUCUGAAGAUGACCUACCAUGUCCUGUGUUUCAUGUGUGCUGCCUGUAAGAGCCCCAUCAGAAACCAGGCCUUUUAUAUGGAGGAAGGAGAACCUUACUGUGAGAAAGAUUAUGAGAAGAUGUUUGGUACUAAGUGUCAUGGCUGUGACUUUAAGAUCGAUGCUGGGGACCGCUUCCUAGAGGCCUUGGGAUACAGUUGGCACGACACCUGCUUCGUCUGCGCUUUCUGCCAGAUAAACCUGGAAGGGAAGACGUUCUACUCUAAGAAGGAUAAGCCGCUGUGUAAAGGCCAUGCCUUUGCUCCCGUCUGAGAGGGAGGGGGGAGAGAGAGGUGGUUCAGAGGGGACAGGAACCGUUCUCUGAACCCUGAAGACCUCCGCAUCGCACAGCUCCAGUCACUCUCCACUCCACUGCAAACCAGACAGCUUUUCAGAUCCUCACUAUCGCUCAGCUAAAGAUGUGUUCACAUAUACUUCUAUCCCUGGACUUUUCAAAUGCAUCCUGUGCUGGCUCCCUCCCUCUGGCUCCCUCCCACUGGCUCCAACUAACUAACUGCCUAGUUUCUCUACUGUUGUUCCUCAUAGCAGGUUACUCUAGUAUCAUGUUGUAGUGUUAUUACAAACAUCAUUUCAAGCCUUAGCUCAAUGCUGUAUGUCUCAUGUAUUACCAGUGAACCACUGAAUAUGAAUAUGAAUAUAUAUAUAUAUAUAUAUAAUGUCAUUCUCCCUCUGAUUGUGAUGCUAACCACUGUUGUUGACAAGUCAUUCUUUACUGCAAUGUGUUUGGGCAGCGGCUGUUAGUUUGGUAAAAUAUCACACUUAGCUCCAUUUCACUUUGAAGUGACUUUAAAGUUGAACCAACCAUUUUAUUGUGUCAUUUUCUAAGAUGUUACAUUUAACUAUCGCUCCACUACUGACUUCAUUUAAAGUCCCCUCUUAGUCUCUGGUUCAUUUGAUGCCCCUCUAUACUCCAGUACUUAAGGUAAUAUAAGGGGCAACCUUAUUCCAGUACUGUUGGUAAUGGGCAACAGUACUGCAGUAAGGUUGCCCCUUAUAUUACCUUAAGUACUGGAGUAAGGUUGCCCCUUAUAUUACCUUAAGUACUGGAGUAAGGUUGCCCCUUAUAUUACCUUAAGUACUGGAGUAAGGUUGCCCAUUACCAACAGUACUGCAGUAAGGAAAUCAGUCAAUUGAAAAAAAUUAAUUAGGCCCUAAUCUAUGGAUUUCACAUGACUGGGCAGGGAUGCAGCCAUGGGACGGCAUAGGCCGUCAGCCAAUCAGAUUCAUUUUGUUUUAUCAUAUCCGUCCCCCUUCCCACACGGGAAGAAGCCGGAUGUGGA